GCUCUUCCCUCGCCGCUCCGGUGGGAACCAUCGCAACCCCCCCGCCCUCCGGCCGCUAAGAUGGCUGGCAGUGGGCGGUGAGGCGGCGCGGGGCUGCGGGUCGGCUGACGGGACGGUAGCGCGGAGGGCGGGAGGUGUGUGCCCGUGUGCGGAGCCGCGCGGCGCCAUGUCCGCCUUCGCCCUGGAGGAGACGCUGGAGGCCGACUGGGUGGCCGUCAGGCCGCACGCCUUCCAGGAGCGGGAGAAGCACAAGUUCGCCUUCAUCGUGGCCUGGAACGAGAUCGAGGGCAAGUUCGCCAUCACCUGCCACAACCGCACGGCGCAGCGCCAGCGCAGCGGCUCCCGCGAGCUGCGCCGCGGCGGCCCCGAGGCCGCGGCCUCUCCCAAGGCCGGCGGCCCCGCGGCGCGCAGGGACGCGGGGCCGCCCCGGGGCUGCGCCCACCCCCGGGCCGAGGCGCUGCCCCGGAGCCCGAUGCGCGCCAAGUGCAGCCCGGCGCGGAGGCCGCAGCGCGGCCCGGAGGCGGCAGGUACAGCCGAGGAGAUCGAGGUGUUGGAACUGGGCAAGGAGGACGCGGCCGCCGCGCUGUCGCUGCCGGCCUCGCCCCCGCGGGCGGGCGAGCCGAGCGCUCCCGACGCCGAGCCCGUGGGGGAGGAGUGCAGCUGGGCCGGCCUCUUCUCCUUCCAGGACUUGCGGGCCGUGCACCAGCAGCUGUGCUCGGUUAACUCGGAGCUGGAGCCCUACCUACCUGCCUUCCCCGAAGAGCCCUCGGGCAUGUGGACGGUGCUGUUCGGAGCCCCGGAACUAUCUGAGCAGGAGAUGGACGCUCUCUGCUACAAGCUGCAAGUUUACUUGGUCCACAGUCUCGAUACCUGUGGCUGGAAGAUCCUUUCGCAGGUGCUCUUCACCGAAACUGAUGACCCCGAAGAAUAUUAUGAGAGCCUGAGUGAGCUGCGACAGAAGGGGUACGAGGAGGUGCUGCAGCGGGCCCGCAGGCGAAUCCAGGAGCUUCUUGAAAAACAUAAGAAUACAGAAAGUAUGGUAGAGCUACUUGAACUGUACCAAAUGGAAGAUGAAGCCUACAGUAGCCUUGCAGAAGCUACCACAGAGCUCUACCAGUACUUACUGCAACCAUUCCGGGAUAUGAGGGAACUUGCAAUGCUUAGAAGACAGCAAAUAAAGAUCUCAAUAGAGAAUGACUAUCUAGGCCCCAGAAGAAUUGAGAGUCUGCAGAAAGAAGAUACCGAUUGGCAGAAAAAGGCCCACAUGGCUGUGCUUUCUAUUCAAGACCUUACAGUCAAAUACUUCGAAAUAACAGCUAAAACACAGAAAGCUGUGUAUGAUCGAAUGCGAGCAGAUCAGAAAAAAUUUGGUAAGGCAGCAUGGGCAGCAGCAGUGGAACGUAUGGAAAAGCUUCAGUAUGCGGUUUCUAAGGAGACUUUGCAAUUGAUGCGUGCUAAAGAAAUCUGUUUGGAGCAGAAGAAACAUGCACUGAAAGAGGAGAUGCAGAGCCUGAAAGGUGGUACAGAAGCCUUAGCCCAUUUGGACCAAUUGGAAGCUGAUUAUUAUGAUCUACAGCUUCAGUUAUAUGAAGUGCAGUUUGAGAUCUUGAAAUGUGAAGAGCUGCUGCUGACAGCACAACUCGAAAGCAUCAGAAGACUGAUGUCAGAGAAAAGAGAUGAAGUGGUGUAUUAUGACACUUAUGAAAGUAUGGAAGCCAUGCUUGAAAAAGAGGAUAUGGCAACAUCUAUACACUUGCAAAAAGAGGAGCUACAAAAGUUACAACAAAAAAUCCGCCAGCUGGAAGCAAGGCGUGGACGUAUUUCAGCCAAGAAAGCCUACCUCAGAAAUAAGAAGGAGAUCUGUAUUGCGAAGCAUAAUGAAAAGAUCCAGCAGCGUCACCAGAGUGAGGAGGAGUACAAAAUCCACCAUACUGUUCAGCUAAAGAGAGAUCAGUUGCAAGAUGAAGAGGAAAGAAAGAGCUCCUGGGUUAGUGAAGAACGACAGAAAACACUGGACAGACUUCGUUCAUUUAAGCAGCGGUACCCUGGGCAAGUCAUACUUAAAUCAACCAGACUACGGCUGGCUCAUGCAAAAAGAAAAUGCGUGGCCAGCCCAGUGUCCUGUGUCGAUCAGCCUCAAUCUUUGCCAGCAACCCUAAAAAGCCAAGAGAAGAGUGAAGAGGUGGAAUCAGAAAGUGCAGUUCCGCCUUUGCAAGUGCAGGAACCUACAAGCUUAAAACAGCUUCAGGAUAUCUCGUUGCCUCCUAAUGGUGUUACCUCUGAGCUGCCCCAUGUCAGCACUUCUCCACUCACCAGUAAUCAGCCUCAGCUGGAGACUAUUACUGGAGAACAGCUUCCAACCCCUUUGCCUCCACCACCUCCACCUCCGCCUCCUCCUUUGCCCUCCAAGGAAGAUGCCACCAAAUCCUUAGAGAAAAAUGACAGCUUUGUUAAACGUGUGGAGAAAGGAGUCCAGCACUCUUCUGGUGUCCCACCAGCGCAUCUGUUUGAUAGCAGUCAGCUAGUUAGUGCCAAGAAGAAGCUUAAGAAGACUGGUGAUCUAGAGGGUGUACAGAGGAGGAAAGUGAGUUCCCCGAUGGAUGAAGUGCUGGCUUCCUUGAAACGUGGCAGCUUUCACUUAAGAAAAGUUGAGCAGAGAAGUCUUCCUCCUUUUCCUGAUGAAGAUGAUAGCAAUAACAUCUUGGCUCAGAUCAGAAAAGGGGUGAAACUGAAGAAGGUGCAGAAAGAUGUUUUGAGAGAAUCCUUUACAAUUCUGCCUGAUACUGACCCUCUGACAAGGAGCAUCCAUGAAGCAUUGCGACGGAUUAAGGAAGCGUCACCUGAGUCAGAGGAUGAAGAGGAGAGUUUGCCUUGCACAGACUGGGAAAAUUAACCUGUGAUUGACAGCCAACGAUGUGAGAAAAGAAACCCCAGCUGAAGAUUACUUUUCCUCUACAUUUCUGAAAAUUCAGACCCAGCAGUUAUGACCAUCAAUUCCACAGGAGGCUUUUUUUGGCAAAGAAAGUCUUUCUUUGACAAAUAAUUCAGUAUAUGGGAAAAACAGCCUGAAAUGUUGAUUUCAGGUCACUUUUUUCUUUCAUUUGUUCAAACAAAUCCUGGUUUGGGCAGAAAGCUAAGUUGUUUAGAUGUGCAUUUUAUACGAUCAAGAAUGCCCAAUUCUUAAGCACUUUUUAUAAUUGCGUUAGUAAUGUGUGGCCAGUUAAGUGAGGGGGGCAUUUUGAGUUGGGCAACUACAUGCUGUUAGAGUAACCUUAGGAUUCCACACUGGCUAUAAAAUGUCCCCUUCACUGCACUGAAUAUCUCAUGUGCUUGAAAAUUCAAACAAAUGGCUCCUGGCAGAGAAGAUUGCUGUGCAGCAGUGUGAUAUUCCAGAAAGAACAGAAUUUCUAGUUGCACUACCGUAGCUGAAAUUCAGUAACAUGCAACUGAGACUUUUUUUUCUUCUUAGUUUGAAGAAUUGUAUGUCAGUAUGAAAUGCAACAAGUGACUACAGCACAGUGAGAAAUAAGAGUUGAAUUCAGUACAUAAUCGAGAAUGUGUUUGUUUCCAUCAUGAUACAUUUAGGAAGACAUACCACAGCACCUUUUUUAGAAGGUCAUUUGUAGUCUGACAUCUUUUUAAAGUAGACAUUUUCAUGCUUUUUUAAAAUAAUAUUUAGCUAUGCCGAACCAAGUUAGUUAUACUUUUAUCAUUUGUUAUAAGAAGCAAUAUUUUGUAAUUUCAUACUUAAAAAUAUUUUUCUCUUUUAAUUUAAAAUGUCUUUUGAUUAGUCUAAGCAGCCUUCUUUAAAAAAAAGAUCAAAGCACUCAAAUGUACUGAUAAUUGCGUUGUGAAAAUCAUGCUUUUCCUGCUGGUUUUCAUUAUUCCCUUUAGUGGCUACAAAAAUGUUUGUAUUUCAUACCCAAAAGCCUACUGGCUGAAAACUGGUUCUUUUUAUUCUGACUUUUAUUUUUAAAGGAGGGUUACAAAGGAGUAGUCCUAAACUUCAUGACUAAUGGCUGCAGGCAGCUACUCUUAUGAUACCACAGUACCAAGAGGUAUGUCAAUACAAAGAUACAAAUAGCUUUGUACCACCUAAAAACCUCAUGUGAUAUUAAAGUCAGCCCAUUAGACUUCUAAUAAAACUGAAUUUUCACUAGAAUUUUGUUUUUACUAGCGUAAUAUAUACUGUGUUCAGGAAGUUCACAGUCCCUGUCCUUUGUGUAGUGUCGUCCAUUCACUGUUCUUCUUUUGACAGAUAAACUACUAUGGGGAUUUGGGUUCUUUUAAGUGGAGUUACUCAUUGCUGCUGUCAUGUAAUGGAACAUGUACUGUGUUAAAACUUAUAAUAGGGGAUUUCAUGACUUGCCGUUUACUUACAGAAAGAGAAGCGGGAGAACUUACCUUAGCAAUAGGCUGUAUAACCUAAAGGAACCUCAGCUCUUGGACCCUUCAGUUGUUUUGCUGUGGCUGUCUGAAAAUUAAAGCUCUGUCAAACAUCUUGAAAGGAUUUUCUUAACCAUGUUGCCUUACUUACAAAGUUAGUGAACAUUCAUUUUCAAAUCACCUGCAAGCAGUGUUAAUGCAGAGUUGUAUUGAUUCUUGCUUAAUUAGUUGUCAGGUCUCUGUUUUUCUGUCCUGAGAUCAGCUCUGUGAAAUAUCUGAUACUGGCUUUCCACAGGCUUAAAACUACAUGAUGUUUUUUUCUUAAACUGCUUCUCUGAACUCUGAGUUACAUGGUAUGGUUGCAGGCUGCCUAAUGCUGUGUUCAUGCAGCAAUAGUAGCAAUUUCAAAGUUCAUCAUAAUCAUUUGACACUGCGUAUACCAUAAUCUGUGGUGUAUUUUUGCUCUACAUUUGUUUGUAAUUUCAAUCACCACACAUUAAAACCAAGGUAAUGAAAUAAAUUUUUGGCUGUAGCACAGAGCAGAACCAUGAUGUAGAAUGGUAAUUCACAUUAUACAAUUCAUCUGAAACUUAGUGCAAAAUUAACAGUUGUGAAUGAGCAACUUUUGUAUCUUUUUUUUCCUAUUUUUCAUCGUGCAGUUUUAUGCCUUGGCAUAUGCAUAUAGAACACUAGUAAAAUUCCAAGCCGAGGAAAAAUAGUGUAAUUUUAAAGUAUAGGUGCAGUGGUUCCCUUGCACAGCAUUUGUCUGCAGUUUACCACUGUGUUGUGAUUAAUCUAAGUAGCUCCAUGCUGUACUGUAGUACAGUUUUCAGGUAUGUUUGCCAUGUAAUCUGUCAUCUUUGCCUUGAAAAAUGUGUGCAUGAUUCAUAAAAAAUUACUAUGUUUCAUAUUUAGCUGAAAUUUUAGAUGCCUGUGAUAGCUUAGUAUAGAAAUGGAGUUCUCAUAUGAGCAUGUAUUUUAUGCGCACACAAAAAGUAGUUGUGAUGCCGAGCAUAGCAGUAUAUAUCAGUUCAAAACGGCCAUCUUCCGUGUGGAAAGUGAAUGUUUGUUUUUUUUCAUGUCCUGCUCAAAAAAAAGAAAAAAUCCCUGAAUUUUAAUCCUCCAUAAGUCACUAGAUGUCACAAUUUCACAUAAUUUUCCACUUUGAUAUAAAAAUGGUGCGUAUAUAGUGUACACAGGCUAAUGCAUAAAACUUCAGUCCUUUGUAAUGUGAAAUUUUCCAGUGGGAUGGCUACAGCAGCAAAUGGGGAACAUUUAAGUAUAUUCACAAGAAACUUUUAUGGAAAUUAUAACAGUCCUGCAUUGUGGUCAGUUCCUCUAGAGGUGAGAAAAGCUGUAAUAAUUGCAUUGGUCCUUGAGAAAUCUUGGCAAGCAUCACUAAGAAAAAACACAGAAACAUGUGCAAGGAGCCUCCAUAAAAAGACCUGCGUAUUGGUAUUUUUCAUUUCAUUGUUGUGACUGCAUUGUUCCAUUGCUAGUUAUUUAUCUUAAACAAUUGGUCAACUUUUGGGCCUUUUCCACUUUUAGAAGCUUCUUUCUUUGUUCUUCUACUAUGGUGUAAUUGAUCCUGUGAGGUAAAGAGUUGGAAUGCAUAAUGUUUAUUGUACAAAUGCUUAUGUAAGGACUGAAAAAUCUUUUUUGAGUGGGAACAAGAAACUAAAUACUCAGUUUCUCCUAAAGUAACGAAAAUGUAAGGUAAACAGCAGUAGUCUUUUGUUCAGAAAUGAAAUUUGCAUCAACAAAAAUUUCAUGCUCUCAUUCACAGAGGUUCCAGAUCCUUUACAGAUGACCAAUAGUCUUACUAUUUUACUGUAUUUUCAUAUGCUAGUUAUCUGUCUAGGGUAGAUGAAGGCUUUUUUAUUCUUCUCAAACAUCACUUUUGAGUUUUGUUCAUUUGUUUGUUUUAAAUCUGACAGUCUGCAUCCUACACCAGACACUUGUAAAAUAAAUUAGUAUGAUUAUAUAUUGUGUUCUUUUGUGACUGCAUUGGGGAUAGAACUUAACAUACUAUACUAUAUUAUUUGUAAAGAAUCAUUUUGAGUAUAAACGCUAUAUUCUGUACUGUUUAAUAUUAAUGACGUGCAUUAUUGAAGAUGCAACUUAUUGAGGAAGCAGAAACAUUAUUGUUACCCUUAUUCCAUUUGUUGCACUGAAUUUCAAGAGUGUAAUUUGUAAAUCAAGUUUGCUCAUGUGUGUAAUCAGAUUUUAUCUUCAUUGUAAUGCUUAUGUAAUUAAAUUACCUGGAUAUAUUUCCGGUAACGAUUCCAUAAGCAUGGACAAUAUGUUAUGUUUAUCACUACAGAAUUAAUAUUACAAACAAGCAAAGCUGCUUGCAAAGAAAAAGAGUAACAGAAGCACCUUACCGGGAGAGUGUGUUGCAUGAUUUCACUGCUCUUGGAGCUGACAGACAGUAGAUCAUCUUAAACUUGACUGCAAAUUGCUCUUUGGUGUAAUAAGCACAUUGACAUAUUGCUAUUAAUGCUAUCAACAGCAAUGGCUAUUUUUAACCUAUACAUAUACUGUAAUUUAAAUUUUCCUACAAAAUGAAUUUAUAUUUAAUUGACGCCUAAUACAAUAAAUAGUUGAAUACUUAAAAUUAGGAUUUUUAGGAGGGUCAAGGGAGGGAGGGCAUGCCAGUAUAUUUGUGGGAGGGACUGUUGCAUAUACAGGUCUUUGCACUUCCUGUUCAGUUUGACUGUUAGUCCAAAACUCACAGCUCUGACUGUGGUGAAUCUGCAACCUGACACCUAUGUAUUUUUGUUGUGAUUCAGGUCUUCUGUGUUCUGUGGCCCAGAGGUUCAGAAUUUGACAGAAGUGGUCAUCUUUCCAUUCUCAAAUGUGAAUGCUCUGUAACUCUAACAUGGGAAAUGACCAAGCAAUGAAUUUUACUCUGCUGAGUUUCUAAUGUUAACAUGGAGCAUUAUUUAAAGCUGUUAACCUGAAGUGUGUCCACUGGAAACAAGUAAAAAAUAUGAUGACUGUUUUGGUGCAUAUAGUCCAAACUCUGCAGAGAUUUUUAUUCCAGUCUGUUGAAUAUCCAGUAAUAAGUUUGCUGUAGACUGGCUUGAUUUUCAGAUUACAAACUUAUUUUUGAUUUCUGAAUUGGGAAAUAGGUGUUGGGUAUUGGGGAUAUUCACUUAACAUCUCCCAGCAUGGUGUUGCAGUUGCCAUAUAUUUUUAAUUUCAUCUUAAUGUAUAAAAUAUGUAUCAUCAUAAAAGGAAAGCUUAAGAAUUACAAAUGUUUGCAAGUUGUCUUGCAUGAAUGAAGCCAGUGAAGCUUAGUGAAACUAACUUCUUUGUUAAACCUGUUGAAUAAAUAAGAAAUAAUAUAAAAACAAAUUUUCCAUUCACUAGCUUUGUGCAAUAUUAUCAUUAGACACUACUAGCACAUUGUGCUUGGCUUUAAGAAAGUUCUUUAACUCUAUUAUAUUCAAAAGGACAUAUUAAGUGCAUAUUUUAUUGUAAACAAUUCUGCAAAUUUACUAUGCCUGAAAAUGCUCAAAGUUAUAAAGUGUUAAGCACAAGUAUGUUUAAAAAAAAAGGUUAAAAACUAAACAGACAUUUCUAGCAAUACCUAAAAACUAAAAAAAGUUUUAACUGUCUGCUUUUUGGUCUUUUUUUUCUUUAGUGCAGCUUUUUUGCAAUGCAAGUUUAUUUCUGUGUAUUUCAUGGGUUUUUUUAUUAUCAUGAUUCAGAAAUAUAAACCUGUACACAAAGUACUGCAUUCACCUUAUUGUACAUGCAAUGUAACAUCAUACUCACAGUUUUGGUGCUUUAAAAUUAUUCCUUUUUUCUUUAUUAAAGGAUAUUUAUUUGA